AUGACAUGGGAUAUCAAAUAUCAUAAAAGUGAAUUUAUAUCUGAGGAGCUAAAAGCUGUGGUACAGGAGUUAAACAAGGAUCAAGAUGGUGAAAUGCCACGAGCUUUUGAACUACAAGCAGAAACUUCUGCAACAAUCGCAAUUAGUUUUAUCUUCAACUGUGGCUAG